AUUCAAAUGGCCGUCUCCGCGUAUUAGUGUCCUUUCGACCGUAAUCGUGAAACAAUAUCAGAAUGCCGUGUUGUUCAGUGGUUUCAUGUAAAAACCGAAGCCAAAACAAAAACUUUGUAAAUGAUGGAAUCACUUACCAUAUCUUCCCAAAAGACGCUAAUUUAAAAAAGGAAUGGAUUGUUGCCACAGGAAGGCCACCAAACUGGUUCCCUACAAAAACUAGUACCAUAUGCUCAACUCAUUUUGAGGCAGAAAUGUUCCAGCCUCUAAACAAAAAUCGCAGGCUCUUUGAAUGGGCGAUUCCAAAAUUAAAACUUCGCCUUAUAUUUGCAGAAGAUUCUAUAGAACCUUUAGCGCCGGGAUAUUCUAAUCAAAAGUGUAAUCCACCAAAAGAAUUGAAUGUUUUGGAGUUAUCUGACCACUUAAACUCGCCUGAUGAACGAACUGAUGAGCCACUUUUAAAAUAUAUACGCCUAAAUAUUCACCAAAACGAGAAAGAAAGUCAGAAACCAUAGAACCAGCAUUUGAAACCAACAAAUGAUUCCGAUAAUAUUCACAUAGUAGAAACACCCCGUAAACGGAGACUGCGCAUCAAAAUUUGUCAGAGAGAAAAGAUGAUAAAAAAACAAAGAUUUCAAAUUAAGCGACUUCAAAAGAAAGCUUGUUGAUAUCGUAAAAAAAUUGCAAAUUUAAAAGAUAUUUUGACAGAUAUUGAAAAAAAAGUUUGUGAAUCCAGACCAAUCCGCACAUUUAGAGAACCUCGGUGUAAAUGAUUUAAUAGCUCGUUACAAAAUUACUACACUAAAUAUUCAAUAUAUAAAAACCAAGUAUUGGCCAGGUCUUAGAACAUUCGCAAAAAUUAAGGGUGCAACCCUUCAUUUUUACACGCCGAAGGCAUACGAAUAUGUACGAAAAAAAUUCCAGACUUGUUUACCUCACUCCCGCACUAUAAAAAAAUGGUACGAAUCGGUCGAUGCGCAGCCAGGUUUUACACAGGAAUCUUUUAAAGCAUUGAAGUAUAAAGCUCGUAAUACUGACUAUAAAUUGCUAUGUAACUUAGUAGUGGACGAAAUGGUGAUCAGGUGGCGUUUUGAGUGGGACGGUAAAAAAAUGCAUGGAUAUGUUGAUAUAUGUAACUAAGGAACAUCAGGCGAUUACUUGGCAGAAGCUAAAGAGGCGCUUGUAUUUUUGGUUACAGCUAUUAACGGAGCAUUCAAGCAGUAGGGUAUUUUCUUGUAGCCGUUGUUACAGGAGAACAGCGAUCGAAGUUAGUAAGGCAGUGUUUAGAGUUACUGGAAGAAACUGGCAUUGAAGUAACUUCGCUGACCUUUGACGGUUGUCCAGCAAAUAUUUCCAUGGCAAAGGAACUUGCUCUAGGAAUAAGGAAUAUGCUCACUAAACAUAGAAAAUAUUAAAUCUUACUUUUAUCAUCCCCUUACAAAUAAACCAAUAUUUAUAUUUCCUGAUCCAUGUCAUAUGCUCAAAUUAAGAAAUGCGUUUGAAGCAUAUGGCGUAAUAUGGUAGACGAUAUAGAUAGCAAUAUAAAAUGGUGUCAUUUAAAACAGCUGAAUGAAAUUCAAGAGAAGGAAAAAUUUCACUUAGCAAAUAAAUUAAGACGAGGAUACAUAUUUUUCAAAAAUCAAAAAAUGAAAGUGCGAUUAGCGUCCCAAUUGUUUAGUGAGCCUAUGCCCUGAUGUUUUGUGCUGAACGUAACAUGCCCCAAUUUCAAUCUGUUGAUGGAACUGUUAAGUUUUAAAAAAUAUAAAUAAUCUUUUUGACGUUUUAAAUUCUAGAAACAUGAUGCAAAUUAAAUUCAAAAAAAAAAAAAACACUUUUUCCUGGUAAUAAACUACAAACAUUUGAAUUUCUUGCUAGAACUGAGACUUAUAUAAAUUUCUUACAGUUAAUAGAUGGGUUGAAAUUAAUACAGUCUAGUAGAAAAACUGGAUUUAUAGGUUUUUUAGUGUGUAUAAAAAGCGUAAAAGGUAUUUAUAUACAUCUAAUUUAACAAGAUCAAAAACUGCAGUAUCUACCAGCCUAUAAAAUAAGCUAAUGUUUGGCCACAUUCGUGCUCAUGGUGGGUGUAACAGUAAUCUAACAGCCCCACAAUUUCAGGCUAUUUAUAAAAAAUUAUUAGUUAAAUCCGAACUGAGAGACAUAGAUAAAGGCAAUUGCAUAUCUCUCGAAGAAAUAUGUUUUUAACUUGCUCGUCUGCUGUGCAACACAUAAAUGUAACAAUGGAACCACGUUAUACUGAUGAAAGUGAUGAUGACAAUAUUUAUCAGCUAUACGAGCAGGCACCAUUUGAUGAAGAAGUUAGUAUGCUUGUUCAAGACUUGUCGGAAUUUGGCUCGCAGGCUAUUUCGUACAUUGCUGGUUUUGUUGUGCAUAGUUUAAUAAAAACUUUAAAAUGUGAGACAUGUGCUGAUGCACUACUUGCCGACAAACAUGAAGAAGCACAUCGUUUUAUAAAGUAUAAGUCAGUCGUCGUGAUUUGUAAGAUAAUGGAAAUAAUUAUAAAAAUAACGUGUCUCACCGAUGAUAAAUUAACAGUUAAAACUAAAAAUGUCAAACAGGAACUCAUGGCAAAGGCUUUGCCACAUUUCAUAGGAUUAGAUAUUUUUAAUAAUGUUAAGUUUCACCAAUUUGAGCAGUGCCCUAUGAAUAAUCACAUAAUAUUUCUUAUAAAAGCAGUCAUGGAAAAAUACAUUAAUUAAAUUAAUGUAUUUUUCCUGAUUACACUAUGAUUACACUAUUUGAUAAAAAAAUGCCACCCCAAAAAUAUCAAAGCGUCAAGUUUCUGCACAAAUACUUCUACUUUACGGGUCAGUGAGCCACCAUAACAGGGUUCCAAAAUACGUACUUUUUCAAUACGCUAUGACAAUCUUAACCAACAUAACCGGAAUUUUUUAUUGAUUUAAUUUUUUUAGGUUAUGUACUUAAUAAUUUACGUUGAGCUACAUAUUGUUUAUUUUUAUUAUAAUAUUUACCGU